UCCUAGGACAUCCAGACAGAUUGGCUUGUCUCAGUCAGUCGCCAGCGUGCGAUCUAUGAACACGCGCGCUGUAUUUAUAAAGUUAUGUGUAAGUUGAUUCAGUGAUACGCAUUACGAUCUUUGCAAACGAAACGAUAGUUCCCUAAGAUGCCGCUGCAAAUCAGACGAAAUGCCUGUACAUCCUUCCUUCGGGAGAAUCUGCUGACCAUCCUCACUAUAAUAGGAGUUGUUUCGGGAACUUUAUUGGGCUGGGGGCUGAGGGCGUCUGGAAUAGAGUGGUCCCGGAGAGAUGUGAUGUACUUCCAGUACCCAGGGGAGCUCUUCCUCAGGAUGUUGAAGAGCUUGAUCGUGCCACUCCUUGUAUCAUCUAUAGUUUCCGCUAUCGGAUCGUUGGACCUUAGUCUAUCUGGCAAGGUUGGUCUUCGCGCUAUCAUCUACUACAUGACGACCACCAUAUGCGCUGUGAUGCUGGGUAUAGCUCUCGUAACUACCAUCAAGCCUGGCCAACACUCCGAGGAGUACAACACUAACUCCACCAAGAAACUGGUCACGAAGGACACCCUCACUUCGGACACUUUGUUGGAUUUGAUAAGAAAUGUAUUUCCAGAGAAUCUAGCGCAAGCAACAAUCGCGUCUUACCGCACAAGGCUGACUUACGACCAGAACGACACAAAAAUCAUUAAAGGCCAGUUGGAAACCUAUAAGAUAGAAGGUGACUAUCAAAGUGGCAGCAACGUCUUAGGGUUGGUGUGUUUUAGCGUUGUGCUCGGCAUUACGCUCGGGAAAAUGGGGGAUAAGAGCCAGCCGCUGCAGACUUUCUUCCAUUCACUGUCUGAAGCGAUGAUGAUUAUCACGGGAUGGGUUAUUUGGUUAUCGCCAUUGGGAGUAUUUUUCCUUGUUACGGCUAAGAUCAUGGAGAUAGAAUCCUUCGCUGAGCUGGUCGGGCGUCUGGGUCUGUACUUUAUGACUGUACUUCUGGGCUUGUUUUUACACGGUUUUGGAACUCUUAGCGUUCUGUUCAUAUUGGCUACCAAGAAAUUGCCCUGCCGGUACAUCGCUAAAAUGGGUCAAGUUAUGGCUACCGCGUUUGGUACUGCAUCAAGUUCAGCAACGAUGCCCAUAACGAUUGGCUGCUGUGACGACAUGGGUCUCGACCCGCGCAUCACACGGUUCGUGAUCCCCAUCGGUGCUACCAUCAACAUGGACGGUACAGCACUGUACGAAGCCGUCGCUGCCAUAUUUAUAGCACAGAUGAGAAAAGUUGAUAUGUCCUUCGGGAAGAUUGUUGCUGUUAGUGUGACAGCCACAGCUGCUAGUAUUGGAGCGGCGGGCAUACCGCAGGCGGGGCUGGUUACCAUGGUGAUGGUCUUGGACACCGUGAACCUGCCCGCGGAGGACGUCUCUAUCAUCCUCGCGGUGGAUUGGCUACUUGACAGAUUCAGAACAACGAUAAACGUGGUUUGCGAUGCUCUCGGCGCUAUUAUUGUGACGUCACUCUCACAGGGAGACAUUGAGAAGACACGAGCGUUACAGAACGAGAGAGAAGUAGCUGCCGGCCACGAGCUCGCUGAGUUAGAGAAGGGUGAACAUUGAACCUAUAAGACUAUGUUAGGUAACGUUGAAACAGCGAUACUUGACGUCUUACCGUGUUAGGACAAUUGCACGUGAAUAAUUUCGUUGUGAUUUAUUUAUUCUUUCUAACUGUAUCAUAUUUUUCGUCAUUAUGAUAUCUAUAUUUGUGAAUUGUUUUAAUUAUGUGAAUGGCAAUGUAUUAAUUGAAAAGAAAUAACAGGGGUAAGUUUUUGGAUUAUGACCUAUUUGAAAACUUACAACAAAAAAAAGUUUAGAAUCAAAUGUUUACAGCAAAUAAAAGAAAUAUAAUUUUUCGAUGUAAAUUCUCUCAUAUAAGUGUUCAUUAUUCAUAAUAUAUUAAUGGAUGUGUAGCUUACAUUUUUACAUAGUAAUUGUCCUUUAACUUUUCUUUUUAUAUAUAUCAAUGUUAGUGAAAUAAUAAUAUAUUAUUGAUUGUGUUCUCAAUGUGCCAUUUAAUAUCAGCAGACGUUUGCAGUACUUAAAACCUAUUUCAUGAUUUCUCAAAAUCAUUUGUAUACAUGUACAUCGCAUUUAAAUAUUUGAGACCUCGUGGAACGGUUUUUGAGACCUUCAUUAUUCUUUAUUCAAAUUCCAUGUUAAUCGAAAUUAUAUACUAUUCGGUAGCCGUGUACGCAAUCGCAUAUUUAACACAAGAAUUUUUUUAUGUUAUCAUUAAUCAAUUUUGUUUUUUCACGACGAUCCAACAUUUAUUUAUCAAAACUGAUAAAUUUUGGAUAUAUUUUUUUGUAUAUUUAUCUACCAAAUGUUAAAACGUAGUGCCAUAUUAGAGUACUGAUAAUUAAGUCUUCAGUCCAUCGUAAGACAUUGCAUUCCAGUUAAUAAGCGACACUUAGUGUUUUUAUUUAAAUCAUGUUCUUUUCGAAUCGUUGAGAACGAUUUGAAAAUAGAAUCUUUAUUUAUGAGAUAUAUCUUAUUUAAUUUAAAAAAUAUAUAUUUGUUAUUAUUUAUGUAAGACAUGACAUUAUAAAGGCCAAAAACUAGCGAAUAAGAUGAUUGUUUAGUAGCAUUAAGAUAUAAUAAUCCUAUAUCAAUCAGAUGCGUGUGAUGUCACUUGUUAUUUAUUGUAGGAGCUUCGUUUUAGAAUAUUUUCUUUCAGCAAUUACCAUUUACAAUUCAUAGGGAAUGUAACUGGCGUGUCGAUUUGAUAUUUUUCUAAAAGAAAUACAUAAUAUUUAUUCUAUGAGCUGUUUAUAUAUCGUUAAACAUUUCUGUAUGUUCGAAUCUUAGGAUGUUAUUUUAAUAAAUACAUACGACAA